AUGCACUUUGGCGGCUCGUACUCUUGUUAUGUCUCUGUGUGCCCAACCCACGGAUGGUUCGAGUUUGUUGGCGAGGAGUGCUCGGAGCAGGACGUUGCUUGCUGGGAUCUGGAAUGGUGGACGAAGGAGCAUGCCCAAAAACCGCGAUACUGCAGUAUCCUCGGGGAUAUUGUGGUGGUUAACAUUGCCAUUGCCAUUUAUUGUUAUUCUACUGUAAUAAUUUUUCGCCAGGGAGGUCCUGACACGGACCUGCUCACGGACUCCUUGCCGAGUUUUUACAAGCUUAACACACCUUCGGUCACAGUGGCCCAAUGUGCCCCGCAACUGGGUUGGACCUGGGCAUCCCACACAUAUUCCAAGGACGCCGUUGAUGUCCAAUGA